CUCAAUGGCGGUGGAGGGGACGAUUUGGGGGCCAACGACGAGCUGAUCUCUUUCAAAGACGAAGGCGAGCAAGAAGACAAGAUCUCCGAGAACUCCUCGGCCGAGAGGGAUUUAGCCGACGUCAAGUCCUCGCUCGUCAAUGAGUCCGAAACGAAUCAAAACAGCUCCUCCGACUCGGAGGCGGAGAGGAGGCCUCCGCCUCGCUCCGAAAGUUUCCGAGACAAAUCCCGGGAAAGUUUAGAGGAAGCAGCGAAAAGGCAAGAUGGAGGGUUGUUUAAGGGCCCACCCUACCCAGGGUAUCCCUUCAUCAUGAUUCCCGACCUGACCGGGCCCUACCUCCCCAAUGGAUCGCUCUCGCCCACGGCAAGGACGUAUCUCCAGAUGAAAUGGCCACUGCUUGAUGUUCAGGCAGGGAGCCUACAGAGUAGGCAAGCUCUCAAGGAUGCUAGGUCUCCAUCUCCAGCACACAUUGUUUCUAACAAAGUCCCAGUUGUGCAGCACCCACACCAUGUACAUCCUCUUACGCCGCUUAUUACGUACAGCAAUGAGCACUUCACACCAGGGAAUCCUCCUCCACACUUACCAGCUGAUGUAGAUCCAAAAACAGGAAUUCCACGGCCUCCGCACCCUCCAGAUAUAUCUCCUUAUUAUCCACUAUCACCGGGUGCUGUAGGACAAAUCCCCCAUCCGCUAGGAUGGUUAGUACCACAGCAAGGUCAACCCGUCUAUCCAAUCACAACAGGGGGAUUCCGGCAUCCCUACCCAACCGCUUUGACUGUCAAUGCUUCUAUGUCAAGUUUUCUCUCCUCUAGGUUCCCUCCACACAUGGUCCCUCCACAUCAUAGUUUACAUACGACUGGGAUUCCUCAUCCAGCCAUAGUCACCCCAACAGUCAAACAAGAAUCUUCCCAGAAUGAUGUUGGCUCACUCCACAGCUCAAAACAUCAGGACUCCAAAAAAGAAGAGGAGAAAAAGAAGCCACACAUAAAGAAACCUCUUAACGCAUUUAUGUUGUAUAUGAAGGAAAUGAGAGCAAAAGUUGUAGCAGAAUGCACAUUGAAAGAGAGCGCAGCCAUCAAUCAAAUUCUCGGUCGAAGGUGGCAUGCAUUAUCCAGGGAAGAGCAAGCUAAAUAUUAUGAACUAGCCAGAAAGGAACGACAGCUCCACAUGCAGCUUUACCCCGGCUGGUCCGCACGGGAUAACUAUGUAGGUGGCUAUGGCAAGAAGAAGAAGAGGAAAAGGGACAAGCAGCCAGGAGAGACCAAUGAACACAGCGAAUGUUUCCUAAAUCCUUGCCUUUCACUUCCUCCGAUUACAGACCUGAGCGCUCCUAAGAAAUGCCGAGCGCGCUUUGGCCUUGAUCAACAGAAUAACUGGUGCGGUCCCUGCAGGAGAAAAAAAAAGUGCGUUCGCUACAUACAAGGUGAAGGCAGCUGCGUCAGCCCACCCUCUUCAGAUGGAAGCCUACUAGACUCUCCUCCGUCUUCUCCUAACAUGCUAGCCUCCCCCACAAGAGACUCAAAAUCACAGACUGAACAAACCCAACCUCUCUCACUCACAUUGAAACCCGACCCGCUGGCACACCUCCCACUGAUGCCGCCCGCAUCCUCCUCCUCCGUAGUUCUGACUGAAAGCUCCACUAACAAACCGAGGGGGCUGCCUGCUAGUAAUUGCCAGAACGGGGCACUGGACCAUCAGUCUGCCACUUUACAGCAGUCAGCACCGUCCUCCUCUUCGUUAGUACAACCGUCAACAUCCUCUGUGCAUUCCCAUAAUUCUUUGGCUGGGACACAGCCCCAACCCCUUUCACUUGUAACCAAGUCUUUAGAAUAGCUUUAGCCUCUUGUAGACCUCCUUAUUUUUAUUUUGCGUGUGUAUGUGUGUCAAGAGUUUUCCCCCCUUUUGUUUGUAUUUUUUUAAACAAAUUGUGCCAUAUGGCUGGCUACAUUAGUUGAUGUCUAUCGAGUUCAUUGGUCAAUAUUUGACCCAUUGUUAUUUCAUUUUUUUCCUUUUUAAAUAUGUAGAUCAAGAAAAAAAGCCUCAUGAUUCUGCCAAAAUUUUUAUCAACAGCUGUUUAAAGUCUUUGUAGCGUUUAAAAUAUUAUAUAUAUAUAUAAAUAUAUAUAUACAUAACUGUUAUGUAGUUCCAAUAGCUUAGUUUCAAAGACUGAUUUUAAAAAUGAAAAAAGAAGCAAUUUUGAAGCAGCCCUUGCUGAAGGCGUUGGUUCUUUAUUAUUUGUAUUAAAUACGAGCUUGCGAACCAAUCAUUUUACAUCUGGUUUUUAAAACUUUUUAAGGGCACAAUGAAUGCAGUGCCGCUAUUUUUUUCUUUCCUUUUUUUUCUUUGUGUGAUAUAACUUUUCUUGUGAUGUUCCUUGUUAUUGUUUAAAUGUACAGAAACAAAGGGUUAAAAUGUGUUAAUAUACCUUGUUCCAUGGUGUUGUUCUUUUCUGGGGGAGGGAAUGCUACUCAACAAUUAAAAAGUAUCACAACGCUAUUGGACCAGUAGUAUUUAUUGCUUUAGAGAUUGCUUGUUGUACUUGUACGUUGUCCCUUUUUUAAAAAAAUGUUUUCCUUUCCCCCCACUCCCCUUGAAACGUUGUGUAAAGUUUUUCCCCUCCUUAGUGUAAGCAUCAUAUAUAUAACAACUCAUUUGUACAAGGUUUUUAAGUUUAUAUAAAAAAGUGUAUAUAUAUAUUUUUGUUGGCUUCUUUUGUUUGUUUUAAUUUCUUUUAUUAUUAUUUUUCUUGUCACAUCGUUGCCACCAAAUGGACAUUUGCAGAUGGAUCAAUAGUGUAAAAAAAAUGCUUUAAAAGCCAUUACAUGAAAUAAGACUUGAAAAUUUAGCAUGGGACUUUUUCGCAAUGCUGUUGGAAGAGCAGCAGUGUCUCCAUUCAGAACUGCAAUGAUUUCCCCCGACACUUGUAGGCUGUGAGCAAAACUUUUUAUGUGCCAAAAUUCUCAGUGAUUUUCUCUUUUCCCAACAACUUUUUUAUGAUGUAUUUUUUUUGUUCAUCCUGUUUUGCUGUGAUGUUACAUAGGUAGAUAUGUAUGUAGUUUUUAAUGUCACCUAUUACAGACGUGUUUGGUAGCAGAUUGUCCAGAAAGCAUAUAAAAAUGAAGAGGUAUAAACCCUAAUGGGCCAAAUUCUGUAUAUUAGAUUAUUCAUAAAAGGAAAAAAGUCAGACUGCCACUUUUAUGUAAACUUACUACAUACAGGUAGGUAGCAAACUUUAAAAAAAAACCUAGGCAUGUUGAUGUUGCAAAACUUUUUUAAAAAGAUAAAAUGCUGUAUAAAGCUGAAAAAAUGUUCAUCUGUUCAUCCAGUGCCAUUGUAGUUGACAUGAAGCGAUUGUAAAACUGUCUCCAGUUUUCUUCUCUGGUUUAUUAAGAUGCUAACUAUGACAUUUUUUUGUGAAUCCUUUGAAUGUUUCCUAACAGUUGUGAUGUUACUGUUCCGUUUUAUUGCUCUUAUUCCAAUUUUUCAUUUCUAAUGGUUUGGAAGCCAUUUUUUGUAAUGAAUAAAUGUCCAUGCUGUACAGUAUCUGUAGCAUGCAGUUCUGGAUUAAUAAAAGCAACUUAGUAUGUGCAGAUGAAGACUUGCAGCUCAUUUACCUGUAGGGUUUAUUUAAUUUUCCCUAAUCCCUAGUGCAGGUGGUGUUCAACAUGGCAUGUUUUACAUCUGUCUCAGUAGAAUUGCUGCUUAGAAUAAUCACUUAUCAAUUAGAACAUAAACUGCCAGGUGUAGAGUAAGACCCACAGUAUCAAUGAUGUAUGACCAAAUUCCCAUUGAUUUAAUGGACCUACUUUAGUUGGAACCAACAAAUUGAUUUAGGCCAGUCAGUUGGGUUAAUUGUUCAGUGGUAAAUACCUGCCUAACCCUGAAGAUAUUUUGAAAUAUUUCAAAUCUGAAUGGUGUGAAACAAAACAAAGACCAAUAGGCUGUUGUAUUUAUUCACUAAUUCCAGGGAGACAAAUGCAUCUGGAGAUUAUGGGUCCCCAAAAUUGCACACACGAAUCCAAAUCUCAGUUACCAAAUUCUAAUUCUCCACUUUCAACUGUACACACAAUACUUGUAAGAAAAGCCCAAUAAAAUAUACGAAGGUUCAAAUACCAGGUUUGAAGAAGUACAAGCAGACUCAUGCUUAUACUUCUCAUAGCUUUUAGGACAUGCAAAACUGAAAUAUUUCCAGAUCCUUCUCACAUGGGAGACAGUUUCAGAUGCAGGUGAAAGACAUGUAUAUUCCAUCUUGGGUAGAUACAGUAUGACCUCCCUUUCCUCACAGUGCACUGAGCAGCAGGAAGAAGUGAAAGUACAUACUGAAUAUUUAUUUCAGUUUGGCAUUCAGUUAAGAUACUCCACAAUACUGAAAAAAUCUUCAGGAUUCUGGCUGUUUAGGAAAUUAGCAUUUGAUCCCUAGUACUUUUCCCAGCAAAAUCUGCAAAACAAAAAACAAAAACAAAACCCCAUUGUCAAAAUUUGGAAGCCACCGUUAUCAAUUUCCCAUCUUAGAUCCUUAAUUUGCAGAUAAGACUAUGUCAAGAGUUGUGUUAAUGUCAUUAUUUGAGUUGGUUCUUUGGAAAACCAUAUAAAUCAAUUCAUCAGCUACCCAUUGCUGCAAAAUGUAAUGCCUCUGCAACACACAAAAUGCUAGAAUCUAAUGUAUACAGAAAUUUACGGUUAUUUGCUAACUAAAAUUCAGCAUUUUAAUGCUUCCAGCACAUGCUUGUCUAUCAACUAUGUAUCUGUUCUGAGAGUUUUCCAGCUUCAGACUCUGCACUGCACAAAUUCCAUGGAUGUACAGAUCAUGAACGUGUGAUUUGUUUUUGUUUUAUUCUUUAUGUUAUUUGCAUUACAUUAUUUGCUCAAUAAAGAUAUUCACUGUA